AGCCACGUAGGAGUGGGUGACAGAGAAGACCAGAGAGGACAGACCUAGAACAAAUCUAGGACAGGGGAGAGAUCAAGAGAGAGCAGGCUGACCAUCCCAACGAGUGCCCCCGAGCACAGGACCCAGGGGCGGGGAGCCAAGGGGGCGGGCCAGCCAUGUCCCACGGGACCUACUAUGAGUGUGAGCCUCGGGGUGGCCAGCAACCACUUGAGUUCUCAGGGGGUCGAUCUGGGCCCGGGGAGCUGGGGGACAUGUGUGAGCAUGAGGCCUCCAUCGACCUCUCUGCCUACAUCGAGUCUGGAGAAGAGCAGCUACUUUCUGACCUCUUUGCCAUGAAGCCAGCGCCUGAAGCCCGAAGCCUUAAGGGCCCAGGAACCCCUUCGUUCCCCCACUACCUGCCGGCUGACCCUCGGCCAUAUGCCUAUCCCUCACACACAUUUGGCCCAGAUAGGAAGGCUUUGGGGCCUGGCAUUUACAGCAACCCAGGAAGCUACGACCCCAGGGCUGUGGCAGUGAAAGAGGAGCCUCGUGGGCCAGAAGGCAACCGAGGCACCAGCCGAGGCAGCUACAAUCCCCUGCAGUACCAAGUGGCACACUGUGGGCAAACAGCGGUGCACCUCCCGCCAACCCUGGCAGCACCUGGCCAGCCCCUGCGCGUCCUCAAGGCCCCUGUGGCUGCCGCCGCCCCUCCCUGCAGUCCGCUCCUCAAGGCGCCCUCCCCAGCCGGCCCCUCACACAAGGGCAAGAAGGCAGUAAACAAAGACAGCCUAGAGUACCGGCUGCGGCGCGAACGCAACAACAUCGCCGUGCGCAAGAGCCGGGACAAGGCCAAGAGGCGCAUUAUGGAGACACAGCAGAAGGUGUUGGAGUACAUGGCUGAGAAUGAGCGUCUGCGCAGCCGCGUGGAGCAGCUCACCCAGGAGCUGGACACUCUGCGCAACCUCUUCCGACAGAUCCCCGAGGCUGCCAGUCUCAUCAAGGGGGUGGGGGGCUGCAGCUGAGCCUGCCUGGCAGACUGUGGGCACCAGAACCUGAAGGACUGCCCCCA